CGUUCCUCCCGCUGAUAAUCGCGUCCGAUUCUCCGUUCGGAGCCGCUCGAUUGCCAGUCGCACCGGUCGUCGCGCGCGCACACCGUCUCUGCCUCUCUCACUCGCUCGCGCAUCACCGCCGCCGCCGCCGACGUCGCCGCCGCCGCAACCGCUACCGUCACCGAUACAGCUGUGCGUCGUCUCUACCGCGGUUCCGUCCGUGUGCGUCGCGCCGCCCGUCCCGUCCGCAACCGAACAGACGUACAAUAUAAAUAAUAACAACAACAACAGUACUCACAACCACGACAAUUAUUAAGUCUCACUGCGAGCGUACCGUGCUGGGGCUGCUUUGGACCAACGGCUACGCCCGAUCCGAUAUCAUACCGAGCCACACAGUCGAGUGACGAAGAACACGACUGUACCAUACGUGUACUACUGCAGGAGGUACCCGAGGUUUAGUGUGUGUGUGUGCUGGGAAACUCGAUUUGAGGACACGCCACUGCCAGGAAGCGAUCAACCGACCGCGGGCAGAGGAGCGAUACUGUGCCGGUCGUCCACGCGUGCCGUAACCGUCGCCGGUGGUAAUGGGCAAGAAGGGCAAAAAGACUAGAUGGCGGGAGCUGCCUAUCACCCUGGCGGAUAAACCUUAUGCGGCUGUCGAACAACAAUCGUCCGGCCGUCACGCGACGGACCAGAAACCGGCGAAUUUCGCCGCGGCGGCAGGCAGACGAAGUCAUCACACUCAACACCAAACUGCGUACCAACAGCAUCAGUUGCCGAACCGAAAUAAUAAUUCAACGGGUGUCGGUCCACAGAAUAAUCACGUGGAAUCUUCGACCGUCACGUUUAACGAGGAUGAAUACACAAAGAUAACAACGCCUAGACAAGACGUUUUGUUCAAAAAAGGUUACUUGGGAAGACGCAAGCACAGUAGUGUACCAGUCAUUACUGAAGUUUUAAAUGAAAAUGAAGACGGUGUUUCAAUUGAUAUCAACCCUUUGGACGAGUUGUGUGCUUACGGUGAAUAUGUUGACCCGUCUAUGAUGUACAUUCUUAAUGGCGGCGGAUACGAGAUCUACGAUCCGUACACCGGUGUGGCGACCAGGCUGAUGGGACCUCCACCUGGUCAUUUUCCGCCUGUCGGACAUCCGAUGCUGUACCAGCCGAUGCCGAUGCAACCCGUCGACUGGUACAACCCUUCGAACGCAACUUCCGACUGGAUAUCCGGUGGUGCCGUUUACCAGCCGAAUAACAGAUACCACAAGAGAUCAACGACUGCCGACGCUCAGCAGAACGGCAGUGCUCAGAGUUCAGAAGUGGGAAUCGGUGGUACCCAGGAAUCGAGUCUGGACGAUCAGCAGAGUUUAUAUCAGUCAAUGCAGCCAUAUAAUAUGUACCCCGGAUAUAUGUUUGGCGCUCCUAUGUACAAUUAUAAUGGUGUAAGCAUUCAAGUUCCACAACCACAGUCUCCUCCUUCGCCUUCAAUUAGUUGUGAUUACACCAACGGAAAACGGCGUAAGAAAAAGAAGCGUAGAAAGCGUGGAGACGUAACUGAUGAAUAUUCAGACUCUAGUUCGGAAGAACAAAAAAGUCAAUCAGGUGCUAGUUGUGACCUCGUGCUGGACUCGGAAAAGACCUCUGAUUCGGGUGUGCUGACAAACAAUAGUGGUGGUUCGACACCUGUGAAUGUCAUACCCGUCCAGUUGUCCCACACCGCACCACCGUUUCAUAUGGAAUGUCCACCACCAUUCGAGAUACUGCACGGAACACCGAUACUCGUUCACCAUCAUCCGGAUCAAAUGGCCGCAUAUUACCAACCAAUACCACAAUACGCGGAGCAAUUAGCCCCAAUUGGUUACCAGGUUAUACCUGAAGAACAAGCUGAAGCAGUAGAGAUCACCGAUGACCAACCAGAUGCCGAACCGGCUCCUAGCUAUUCAGCAGAAAACUCUGACUCGGGCAUUAGCUCUCCGAACAGUGAAGUAAUGGUCAAAGGGUCUACAGAAAAUAAACAUGAAAAACCACAAACUGUUAGUGGCAGCAGUGGCCAGCCGGCGACUAAAAAAAGUAGAAAUAAGAAGAGCAAACAGCGAGAAAAAGCUACUACAGAAUCAGUCAUUAAGACGAAGAGUAAAGACUUACCGAAAAAUCAACACGAAGGAAGUAAGAAAUCGUCGAAAAUUGCUAAAGAACCGGCCAUUAUAAAAAAACUAAACGCCAAAAAGAACAAAUCUAGGCCAGAACAAGAAAAAUUAGAAACUACAAAGCCACUCAAAGAGGAUCAAUCUAAACCAGAGAUAGAAAACAUUUCAGAAGAAAUUAUUCAGUUGUCUAUCAGCCCGGAGACAGAGUGGAUCCAAGAAGAAGAAUUCUGUUCGUUGGAAUGCACUCCCAGGUCUACAACAGACCAUAUUCAAUUUAAAUUCACCAAGACACAAUCCCUUGAUUCGUGUGAAUCCGUGGAAGAGGAAACGUUUGCGACGGCGGUGAACACUGGAAAUUCUGAUACGGAAAACGAAAUCAGACAGGACGAAGUGGGAAAACUCGAAUUGGCAUCACCUAUCAACGCAGCAGCAGCAGCCCCGGGACCGAUUACGGAAGCCGUGACGAAAUGGUUAAACGAUCAGGGUGGCUUGGUGUUAUCCCCGUGCUUAGACGAUUCGGGAACCGAUGAAGGCGAACUCAGCGAAUACGACGAUUUCGAAGAACACCUAAGUACGACUAGUCCAAAAAACGUGCAAGGCAACCCUUACCCUGCGCUGUCUCGUAGUGACGGGUCAAGGGUUGCUGGUUCUUCAUCUCACGAUCAACGACAAAGCGGACUAAUAUCCAGUGGCAUAUGUUGUUUAACUCAAUAAUUAUUUAGGCAAGGUCAUUAUAUUUAAAACAAUAUAUACGUUGUAAUUAUUUACGGUAAAACCUGUACAAAAAAAAAAAAGUAAUACUAUAAGGACACUACUUACAGGGCAUGAGAAAUUCGCGUACAAUGUUUGACCUCUUGAAAAUUAGGCCCUCUGUACAGUUCCUCAGGCAUACAAUAAAAAUUAACAAAUUAAUCACUUCUUUGAAUAGUCUUUUUUAAUAUAUCUCAUUCUAAGUUAAGUUUUCAAUGCUAUAAGAAAAGAAAAAUUUGCAUUUAAAUUCAUUUUAAAUGAUUAUUUUUAGAUCGUUUCAUUAUUCAUAUAAUGCAAAUUUUUCUUUCAUUUUUAUAAACCAUGGAAAUUUGGUGUAAUUAUGAGACUGCUUUUUGGAUCUCCUCUUCAGGAGUAAUUUGUUAAUAAGUUCAUUAUAAAAUUUGUUAAUCGUUAUCAUUAAUAUAAAAUAUUUUUGUCGUUAACAAUCAAGUUUAAAAAUGGCAUAAAAAUUAAAUAUAUAUAGUAGUCAUAAAAGAAAUAUUGUUAUCUUUGAUUUGCAUGUUUAUAUGGAUAUGAAUGGGUUUGGUAUCUCUGAUCUUAAUUUAAAGUAAUGAAAUGUUUAACACUGACAGUCAACAUUAUUAUAAUACCUAUAACACUGUUAUUUUUGUAAUGUUUAUUACCUAUAGACUAUAAUAUUAUAUUACUUACCUGUCUAUUGCAGAGAUCAAACAAAUUGUAUUUAAAAAUAAAAUAAAUUUGGAUUUUCUGUUACUCCCUGCUUAAGUAUUACAAUCACAGUUUUUCGAAUUGACUGUUCGAUUUUAAUAUUGGAUUUGCUAUACAAACCAUUAUCCGUUAUUUGAGUAUAUAUAUAUAUAUAAAUAUUCAGGAGGACGAAGUUGUAUGGUCCCAUUAAGAGUCAUUAAUAUGUAUUAUAAGAAAAAAUUACUUAAUUGUAUUGGGAUUUACUAGAUAUUAGCAAUCUCAGUAACGCUCAACUACUAUUUACUUUAUUUCAAAACUUCAUAAAUAUAUACACGAAAUAACUUGUUGAUUAUUUUAAUUAGAUUCCGAAAUGGUCAGAUUAACCGUAAAAGUUAGAUAUAUCUAAUAGGUACUAUAAUUUAGAAUACUUAGCGUGUAAUUUAUCGUAAGUAGUAUACGUAAGAUAACAAAUAGUAAUUAUAGUAGCCGAUAACAACGGUAUUGUCUGAAUUUGGUGCUUAUACUUAAAAAAAUGAUACUACAAUUUUAGUUUAACUUUAAUAAUAUGUAGCUAAUAUGUAAAAGUUGAUUAAAAUAAAAACAAUACAUUAUUAGUUUAAAUUGUUUGGGUGAUAUUUAAAUGUGCAUAGUAUGAGGCUGCCUGGAUAUUACUGUUGUGUUAUUAUAUAGAAAUUUAAUUUGUUAUGAAAUAUUUGAUAAUUGGUUUAGGGUGUUCCACAUAAUAUAUAGUGUUUUAUAAAACAUUAUUUUUUCAAAAACAAUAUUAUCAUUGAUAUUUUUAUGAUAUGCAAAUGUUUAAUUUUUAAAGGUAAAUAUUAAUAAUAUAAUGUCCCCAUAAUAUCCAUAACUUUGUUCUUAAAUAAAUGGGUGUAAUUUAUACCUAGGUACUUUAAAAUUUUAAAUAAAUUUAAAAAAAUGUUAUGUCUUGAUGUCUUAUACACAUACUCUUCCAGAUUUUUCAGACUAUACCCCACCGUAAAAUAAUGUUAAUGAUUAAGAUUUUAGUUCACAGUUGUUACAAAAUAAAAUUGGUUGUACUUUAUGCAUCUAUAAGCAAAACUUCCUGGCAUACCUAAUUGAUGUAAGCCAGGAUAAUAUUAACAAUAAAAAUAAAUGUACAUCCAUUUUUUUCUGUUAAAUAUUUAGAAAAUAUAGAUAAAAUAUGUUAUUUUUUUUUUUUUAAGUAGCCUAUUAUUAUUGUUAUUUGACAACGACAUUUUCUUCUUACCGAAGAUGACGUAGUUAUUAAAAAAAUUAAUUAGACGUAAUAAUAUGUAAUGCUGAAUUAUUAUGAUAAUUUGAAGUAAAAUAACAAUAAUAUGUGUCUAGCCGUUUAUUUACACAUAAAUAAAGCAGUCAGUAAUAUUGUAUGACAACAAGUAGUGUGUGUAUGUAUACAUGUAAUUUCCAAAUAUAAUCGUUGUAAUAUGGUCCGAUAAUAACCGAUUUGAAAUUAUAUUAUACCCACACAUCUACCUACCUAUAUUGUAAUACUAUUAAUGCACCAACUAAAUUAUAUCAACACAUAAAAAAUCAGUAUUAAGCCAAGGAUAAUAAUAUGUUAACGUUUACUAUUAUAUACAUUUUUUUUUACAUACUUAUUACAUAGAUAAUACCCAUAUUAUGAAAUAUCUAUAGUAUAACAAUAAUAAUAUCAUCACCCCCAUUCCCCGGUCUGGUUUGGCUUAAUUUGUGCAAGAAUAUAAUAUUAUGUCUGUUUAUAUAUAAAUAAAUAAGUAUAUAUAUAUGGUUUGUGUGUAUAUAUAUUUAUUUAUAAUUACAAUAUAUUGUAUUACUAUUUUGUUAUGCAACAUGCUACAAGUUUAGGCUUUUGAUAAUUAAGUGCCUUAGGUCAUUCCUUUAUAAGCGAAAUUAUUCGAAACGGAAUUUGUUUUGUUUUCGUUCAUCAACAUCGCGUCACUUUGUCUCGUACAUAAGACAUUGAAGAUUGUUAAUUUAUGAUUGUGUACUGGUUGAUAUAUGCAUGCUAACUAUAUUUUACUUUCCAAUGUUUGGGGGAAAAAAUAGCAUAUUUAAUGUUUAUUAAAUAAAUAUAUGAACCAAA